AUGUCUCAACAACCUCCACCAUCAGGAUCGAUGAAGAUUUCAGCCACUGUUCCAUUUGAGCAGUUGCGCGAGCUUCUAGCCUCGCCAGCAAUAACCUCAUCCGUUGGGAAAGCCCAAGACCUCAUCAACAUACAGCCACCUGACAAGGUGUGCACCGUGUGCGUGAACCUCGACCCGUUCCUAGCCUUCAAAAAAAGCAGUGCGGACCAGCACAAACUCUGGGCCGACAAAGAGUAUAAAAUUUCCAGCGGAAACCCAUUCGGGAAAAUAACCAUCGAAAAGUCGAAAUACUUGCUUGAUGCUGCGAAAGGUGGCUGCAUUUAUUGCACGAUGGUUCAAUCAGCACUCGGUGCUGUAUCCCCGGGGUGGGAGACCGAAGGGUCAUACAUUCAUAUCUUCCUUGCGCUUGGCCUGCCCGUGGUCGUGCGGCUAGAGUUUGGCACGAUUUCAAGCCUUCCUAUCGAGAGGGAAGCUGCAGAUGGUUUGUUCCAGAUCGAGUUACCACAGGGCUUUGAUUUGGAUUUUGUUAUCACUGUUGGCUCUGGUUCGGACGCUUCGAAAGCUUCGAAACCUGCCAUAGAUGUUGAAAUUUAUCGGCCUCGACUCGCACCCGAUCAGUCAAUUGUUGGCGAUGCUGUCUUGGCGGGACUUGUCCCCUUCGUGGGCUUUGCAGAAGAGAUACCCCGACAUGUUGGUGAUAAAAGAUGCCUUACCUUCAUACAAAGUCAAUUGUCCCACUGUCUCAACAAUCAAAGUUGCUGGGCCCGCAAAGGCUUGCCUUUACUUCCAGAUCGCGUCGUCUGGAUCGAAGCCAACAAUCCAAGUCGUAUUCAGCUUAUAGAACCCAAAGGCGUCCGUGCCAUAUAUCUUGCACUCAGUUAUUGCUGGGGGCCUGUGAGCUCUGACACUUAUCUGACAGAUGCAUCCACUUAUGAGACUAGGAAAGCUGGUAUACAGUUAGAUGACCUACCGCCUCUUUUCCAAGACAUCAUUGCGUGUGCUCGUGCGCUUGGAAUUCAAUACAUCUGGAUUGAUCGGUUGUGCAUCAUUCAAGGAAGCGAUGCUGAUUUCAAAACGCAGGCCCCAAAAAUGGGAGAGAUUUACGGAAAUGCCACUGUGACCAUAGCAGCCGCUUCUGCUAGUUCCGAACAGGACCGCAUCAUGGUGGAACGAGACAAGAAAUGGGCUACUUCCAGCGUCAGCUUGACUGUUAAUGGAAUUGGGGCCUUGAAGCUUCAAUGUCGGAGGCGAUCGCAUCCUUUAGAAAAGGAGGACACAGGCGGUGACUAUGGCAAGGUGUCCACUCGGGCAUGGAUCUGGCAGGAACGCCUCCUCGCUGAAAGAACGAUAUUCUUUACUCCUUCUGCCCUAAAAUUCGAAUGCCGGUGUCAUUCCGUCUGGGAAGGUUUUGACCAGGGGAUCUCAGGCCACUCAUGGUCAGCGCAAUUAGAAACUAUAUCACACAGCUCAUGGACAUUGUUAGUGGAGGAAUUCACGAAAAGAGACAUCACUCGUCCUUCGGAUCGGCUACCAGCCAUGGAGUCUGUCAUGAAGCGCAUUGAAACGAAGACAAACUGGACGCCUCUUUGGGGUCUGUGGAAAAAUACACUCAUAAAGGGUCUAGCUUGGGAACCGCAGCCGUCUGGACACUGGGGAAGGCAUGACUGCCGCAUGAACCCUGGCCAUUACGCUCCAACCUGGAGCUGGGCAAGCGUCGAUGGCCCAAUUUCCUACAUCCAUGCUAGACCUUUGGACAUCAUCUCCCAAAUCGACCCCAUUAGCUAUGACCUAGAAUAUAGAAAGGUCAAUGCUGCUUCGGGUUCAAUCACAGUGGCUGGCUACCUCGUUCCCGUCGAGCUCGGUGUUACUGUUAAGCGUGAAGAGCAUGUUGAAGGAAACUCGGUCGAACAGGAAGAAUAUACCUACGAUUAUAAGGUAAAAAUCUCAAAUAGCGAAGGUCUAAAAGAUUCUACACUCAAGCCCGAUGUCGCCUUGAAGCCGUGGAGCGGUGAGAUCGGUGGGCAGCUGGUCUCGACUGUUGUACGAGUUCCAUAUGGAGAAUCUCCUCCAAAAGCAUCUUGGACUGGUACCUGCCACUGCUUAUUAAUUGGUAAGACAAAGAGGCGAUGCCUUGUCCUCUACCUGGGCCGCUCGUUACGGGAGCCAGGUGCCUGGGAACGGAUUGGAAUGGUGGAUGGGAUGUCACCAACAGUAUUCUCGAUGUCCCAAAGGGAAAUCAUUAAUAUUGCUUAA